GUCUAUUGGUUUAUUCUAUAGGUUUGGCCCACCCUUACUGAGAAUGUUAUUCUAGUUGGAGUGGUCUAUUGGUUUAUUCUAUAGGUUUGAACAUCAUUGCUGCCAGUGGAUGUGACAGAAGGGAACAAAAAUAAAUAUUCUGGUGCAAUCAUCAGUUGUCUCCUCUUUUCUUAUAUUAAUGGGCUUGGAAAAGUAUUCUUGUAAUAUCAUGCUUACUUAAUUGAGAAUGUACAGUAUGUGCAGGUGAAAUUUAGUCAUAGAAUCAAUGACAAAAAAUGACGUAUUUUCAAAGUCAUUUUGUACUUUCAACAUCUGGAAAAUAGGUAUUUUUUUAAAUGUAUUUUCAUCUUUCAUUCAGCACCUAAAUUGCACCUGAUGGCAACUUCUGGAAAAKAUGUCUAAAAUAUAUUUGUUACUUCCUGUUGCUUACUGGGUGGGAUAUGACUAACGAUACCAUUGAUGAUAAGGGUUAUUGGCCAGUUCAUAUCUCUUGACCCUCUUAUUUAUCGUCAUAUUUCAUUCAAAAUGACCUAAUGAAGCAUGCCAUCAACAGGAUGACACCAUCCAACCAGCCUCAACCCACAGUAUUCGAGUGUGCAUGGCUGGGGAAGAUGUAUAGUGCGUAAAGUUAAUGAGAAAAUACAUAGGGAAUGGGCUAUAGCCAUCCCACCAAGACACAUAGCAUUCUUAAUCAAAUGACAAUUGGGGCUAGAUUUCAAGGGGUGGAUGAAAUCCUGACUGCGAUAUCAGAGCCAAUAGACUGUGGAGGAGGGCGGAUCACACCAUUCUACGUCUGACAGCUGCGAAAUAGAAAAUGUAUAGCGCACAGCCACAGGCACUCAUGCUGCAAAUAGGCAACCAGCGUUUUAGCCUAACCUAAUGCAAAGAAAUCAGCUUGGAUAUCCACAUGUGCGAUGAAGAACAAAAGUGGUUGCAACAAGGGGGAUAAAAAACAACAAGAUAAGGACUUGAGCAAUAAUAUUUUGUAAAAUAAAUAUUGUAAGUAAUUCAGGUGUUUCUAUCAAACCAUUGGAAAAGGUUUUGGAACCAUGUACGGUGCCUUUUCUUUCCCAAUGACUGCGGAGCGCAGUCGGAAUAAGGAGCGUAUGGAGGCCAGUCUGACCGGACUCUGUGAGCUGGAGCUCCGCAAGCAGAGGCAGGAGUGCCUGGUCCUCGGUGCUCUGGCCCUGGGGGAGCCCAUGCCCGAAAAUUACACAAGGAACGAGCUAUCGGGUUUCAGCAGCUGGGGGCAAGAGAACUUGACAUUGAGACGUCAUCUGAGUGCGCUCCAGAGCUCCCCCUGGGGGCUGAUGCUGGCACUGGAACAGCAGGUAGGCGAGCUGAGAGUGGACACAGAUGAUGUCACCUAUGAGGGGACCCAAGGGGACAUGGGGAACAGUCGGCCCAGCUCAGGGUUCUAUGAGUCGAGUGAGAGCCAGUCUCCAAAGGGGCAUUCCUGUCGCUCUGACUUCCUAGAGCCCCACCCUGGCUGGGGCUUCAGCAGCACAGAGAGGCCCAAGUCUCUGGGAUAUGCCCUACAGCUGACAGGUGAGAGUCUGAUGGAGCCAGCCCCUCAUGCCACUGUUCCCCUCUCCUUCUCUGCCCCCUACCCACACCUUGAGGGAAUCGCUGAGGAGGGUACGGCCAAGGAGCCCUGGCAGUGGGACCUACACUGUGCCCAGGGUUGGGAGGAUGAGGACCAGGCCACUCAGGAGGAUUUCCAGCAGGCCAUGAGGGUUAAAGGCUACAUCCUGGGUCUCAUCCAUCGCUACGCGCUCUCACCCCGGCCCUGCAUGCCUCGUACCAGCCUGGGGCCUGACCCUUCCAUCCCCUAUUCCUCCAGCAUCAACAGGCAGAGCAGCCUGCGAAGGAAACACACUCUUCACACCUCCGAGCACUGCAUCUCUGACCCACAGGACCUCUACCCUGACCCUGAGUGCCAGGCCUGGUGGUGUGACUCGCUAGACAGGGAGGAAUGGGGGGGAGAGGCCCCAUCCAUGGAGAAGGACUGUUAUCGGUCUUUACCCUACCCCCACAUCAGACCCCACUCCCUGGCCGGGGCCCAUCCACCCUCCCUGGACCCCACUUGUGGCGCUCUGGACCCUUGUUUUAGUAGUGCGUCUGAUUCUCCCAAGCACUACCCGCUGCCCAACUCCCCGGCUUCAUAUAACCACUUGGUCAGUGCCCAGUACACCCCUGUACACUCCCCUUCACACUUUUCUCCAGAAUGCUCCCCCUCACACUAUCUUCUAGAGCCCUCCAAGCCCAGCCGAACCUUUGUGUCCCCAGACCAGAGCAGCUCAAAGCCCAGGGCCAUGGGGAAGAAAAGCCAUGAGGAGAGACAGAGCUCCAAGAAGCCUGGCCACAAGACCUGCCACUCCCAGUCUGAGAACAGUCUGAUGGGGCAGAGGGCACUCCCUAAGCGCAGGUACAGCACAACCGAGCACCCCCAGCACCAGAGGGGCCAGGUCCCAUAUGCAGGCCCCCAGCACAGGAACACCGCUGGGGGGCGACGCUGGUGCUCCACCCUGGAGCUCAGCCAGGAGGAAGGGGAGACCCAGGGUGAGCAGGCCCACAGACGCCCACCUCGUAGGGCCCGCCACACCCAGGCCUGCUCUCAUCCCAACCCCAACCACCACUCCCAGGUCCAUGCCCAGCCUUGCCUCUCAGAAUACCCAGAGAGAGCACCUCUGUGUCGGGGAGAGGGCUAUGUGCGGGCCACCCCUGGGGAGUCAGAGUCUAGCAUGAGUGAGGUGUACUCCCCUGCCUCCAGCUCUCUCUCCAGUGAUUCUGAUGAGGGGGGGCUGGUAUGGCCCCAGCAGCUGCCCCCUUGCCUGGCCCCCUCCGCUUCCUCCUCUUCCUCCUCCCCUAAGGCCUCCUCGCAGCCCAAGGCCUUUGUCAAAAUCAAAGCCUCUCACGCCCUGAAGAAGAAGAUUCUGCGAUUCCGCGCGGGCUCUCUCAAAGUCAUGACCACAGUCUGAAAAUAUGUCACUGCUUCUACUGCUCAUAUCCUGCACAGUCUGAUGGUUCAUCCUACAUAACCUACAGUUUACACCCUCUGUCUACCUCUGCUGGUUCAUGCAGCACUGUCAUAAAAUCAGAAGUUAUUUUACCUUCAGGAAAAACUAAGAUGUCUGUAACUGGCCUAAGAUCAGCAUCAUGAUAUCUAGCUAAACCACAUUUCACCAUCAUCAGAAUGUGCAUUAACCAUCAACUUGUCUAAUGAAGUCAUCCUCUGAUGAUAACACUGCCAUGUCACAUAUGGACACCUGAAAGUGAACUGCUACCUCUCUUCUCUUAGCUGCACCACCUUGCAGCCUGGACCUGAAGCCAAUGUCUGUAGCACUGGCCAUGUAGGGGGCGACUGCAGUGAGGGGUCAACACACACACACACACACACACACACACACACACACACACACACACACACACACACACACACACACUUCUGUAAAUACCUACCUGUGGCCUUGUUUGUAUGAAUGUAGUUUGUAAAUAAAGAUGUUGUGGUCUCUUAA